ACAUAAGCAAUUUUAUUUGUUUGUGUUUCUUUGUGAGAGCAUUAGUUCCGAUGACCAGUUCUAAGUUCGCGCUCCUGCUGUUUCUUUGUUUGCUACAAUUCUUUGAAGGCUUCCUAACAUCCGCCCUGAUGAUGUCCUCGUUGGUGAAGCCAGGAAUCUUUCGGCACCUGAUGUGCCGAAACAACAUGUACCCACGCAGCUCCGUCCUCCGGUUCCCGGUGUCCGACGAGCAGGUCUUUUGGUCGGAGCCGUACCCGGAUUACUGUCCACCGGAGUACACUUCGCCACACAUUGGGGGCCAAGUGUGGGCCGAUCCUCCCCUGAACAGCGAGGUGUUCAAGCCGCAGUGGAACCAGCUAGAUGGUCAGGUCAACCGCAAGUCCUUCCACGGGUCAUACAAGUUGCGGGAUGGACUUCCCCUUAAUCCGAUCGGACGAACAGGACUGAGUGGACGAGGCUCACUAGGCAGAUGGGGGCCCAAUCAUGCUGCUGAUCCCAUAGUGACGCGCUGGAAGAGAAAUGAGCAAGGAGCUCUUGAGGCCAACCCAGCCACCGGCAAGAAUAUAUUACAGAUGGUGGCUAUCCAGCGGUCGGACAACAAAUUGUGGGCCAUCCCCGGCGGCAUGGUCGAUCCCGGCGAGAAUGUGAGCGUCACCCUUAAGCGGGAGUUCACAGAGGAGGCUCUGAAUUUCACGGAUAAGGCCAACAUGGUGGAACAGUUCUUCCGCGAGGGCGGCGUCCAGGUGUACCAAGGCUAUGUAGACGAUUUCCGCAAUACUGACAACGCAUGGAUGGAAACCACGGCGCUCAACUUCCACGAUGAGGACGGGAGUCAGGUGGGCCAGCUGGAGCUACUGGCAGGGGACGAUGCCACAAAUGUUCGCUGGACGGAUGUCGACUCGGGUCUCAAGCUGCACGCUAAUCAUGCGGACAUCGUCCGGGAGGUUGUUAUCCGUCUGAAUGCGCACUGGUAGAAACCGGCAUUCAAAAAGUCAGCUUUGAAUACUGCAUUUUAUUUUAAAGUUUUCUAGUACUUUUAUUAAAGUUCAAAAAAUAUGAAA